GAAAGAGAGUUUUAAUUACAUUUUAUAGAGGGUACCCCUCGCACCUGUCAAGACCUUUUUGGUGUUUUUUUAUGUUUUCAGCGUCAUAUCCCCCGUCGCUGGAGGAAUGUCGAGACGGAAUUAUUUAAAAAUAGGAUCUCUCUUCUGACAGCCUGCUCUAAUGACUCCCAUAGCAUUGUAGUGCGAGAAGCAGGAAUGGGAAGAUGGCUGCAGAUCUAGGAGAGCUGCUGGUCCCUUAUAUGCCCACCAUUAGAGUUCCCAGAACAGGAGACAGGGUUUUCAAGAGUGAAUGUGCCUUUUCCUACGAUUCUCCCGAGUCUGAGGGAGGCUUGUAUGUGUGUAUGAACACAUUCCUGGGCUUUGGCAGAGAACAUGUGGAGAGACAUUACCGUAAAACCGGACAGAGUGUUUACAUUCACCUCAAACGCCAUAUCAAAGAGAAACCUACAGGUGCUGCAGGGGGUGCCAUCCCCAGAAGAAGAAACGGAAAAGUGUUCCUAGAUUUAGAACUAAACUGUGAUUUUAACGGAGAUGAGUAUGUGUGUGAAGACGAGGCCAAGCUCGUCAUAUUUCCAGACCACUUCGAGAUCCCCUUACCAAAUAUUGAGGAGUUGCCUGCACUGGUGACAAUAGCCUGCGAUGCCGUGCUCAACGCCGCGUCGGCCUACAAAAAACAGGAGCCCGACUCCUGGGAGGAGGAGAUCCAGGUUUCCAAACAUGCCAGGAGUCUCCGACAGCAGGACAACGGCGUGAGGAUCCCACCCAGUGGCUGGAAAUGUCAAAAGUGUGAGAUGAAAGAGAACCUGUGGCUGAACCUGUCGGACGGAGCGGUGCUUUGUGGGAAGUGGUUCUUUGAUGGUGCCGGAGGAAACGGCCAUGCCUUGGACCACUUCAAAGACACCAACUUCCCCCUGGCAGUCAAGCUGGACAACAUCACCCCAGACAUAGCAGAUAUUUAUUCGUUCGAUGAAGAAGAAGCAGUCCUGGACCCACAAAUAUCCGAACACUUGCAACACUUUGGAAUAGACAUGAUACAGAUGCAGUGGGAUGGAACAGAAAAUGGCCACCACAACACAAACAACAUGCGGCCACGAGUCAGUGAGUGGGAGGUGAUCCAGGAGUCUGGCAUGAAGCUGAAGGCAGUGUAUGGCUCGGGUUUCACGGGCAUCAAGAACCUGGGCAACAGCUGCUACCUGGGCACCACCAUGCAGGUCCUCUUCAGCAUCCCUGAGUUCCAGAGGGCGUAUGUUGGAAAUCUACAGAGGAUAUAUGACUACUCACCUCUUGACCCCAGCACGGACUUCAGCACACAAAUGGCUAAACUGGGCCACGGACUCCUCUCAGGCAUGUACUCCAAACCACCAAUGAAAUCCGAGCUCAUUGAACAGGUGACGAAAGAAGAAUACAAGGUAUUAGACUGGCACCAGCCAAAGGGCAUCUCUCCCAAGAUGUUCAAAGCCCUGGUUAGCAAUGGCCACCCCGAGUUCUCCUCCAACAGACAGCAAGAUGCACACAAGUUUUUCCUGCAUCUCAUCAACCUGGUGGAGAGAAACAGUGUGGGCUUGGAGAACCCCAAUGAUGCGUUCCGCUACCUGGUGGAGGAGCGUGUGCAGUGUUGCCAGACGCAGAAGGUGCGCUACACCCAGAAGGUGGACUACCUCAUGCAGCUCCCUGCUGCCAUCGAGGCCGCAUCCAACAGAGAGGAGCUGAUAGUGUAUGAGGCCAAGCGAAACGAAGCAGAGGAGAACAUGAGGGCCCCUCCAGAGCCUGUGAGGGCCCGGAUCCCCUUCACAGCGUGCCUGCAGGCCUUCAUGGAGCCAGAGAACGUCCCUGACUUCUGGAGCUCAGAGCUGCAGGCCAAAUCAACUGGAGUCAAGACUUCCCGUUUCGCCUCCUUCCCAGAGUAUCUGGUGGUGCAAAUAAAGAAAUUCACAUUUGGGGUGGACUGGGUUCCAAAGAAAGUAGAUCUGUCCAUAGACAUCCCAGACUUCCUGGACCUGUCUCGACUCCGGGGAACAGGACUGCAGGCGGGAGAACAAGAGCUCCCAGACCUCACCCCCCCCAUCGUCCUCCCUGAAGACACCAGAGACAACUCGAUGAACUCCUCAGAUUCCCCAGAAAUAGACGAGUCGGCGGCGAUGCAGCUGGCGGAGAUGGGCUUCCCUCUGGAGGCCUGUCGGAAGGCCGUCUACUACACGGGGAACAUGGGCCCCGAGAUGGCCUUUAACUGGAUCAUAGCCCACAUGGAGGAGCCUGACUUUGCUGAGCCCCUGGCACUGCCAAACUUCAUGGAGCCCGGCCCCUCCGUGGCCAGCCCGGGCCUGGCUGCCACCCCCCUGGACAACCAGCCUCCAGAGGAGAGCAUCGCCAUCCUCACCUCCAUGGGCUUCCCCCCCCGCCACACCGUCCAGGCCCUCAAAGCCACGAACAACAACCUGGAGCGGGCGCUGGACUGGAUCUUCACCCACACGGAGAGGGAGGAGGAGGAGGAGACUAGCGACGCCCUGUCUGACAUGGCCGACACCACGGAGCCCAAUGACAACGCUUUCUCCAAUGCCAACACGCACAGCAACUCCACACUGCCCCCAGACCAGGACGCCUCAGGCCCCCGGAUCAAGGACGGACCCGGACGUUACGAGCUUUUUGCUUUCAUCAGCCACAUGGGAGCGUCCACGAUGUCUGGUCAUUAUGUAUGCCACAUCAAAAAGGAAGGAAGAUGGGUGAUCUUCAACGACCACAAAGUGUGCUUGUCAGAAAGGCCUCCAAAAGACUUGGGCUACAUCUAUUUUUACCGUCGACUGUCGUGCAGCUAGACCUACCACCCCCCCCCUCACCUCCAUACUCCAACCUCCAACC